GAUCAAUGUCAAAAUUGAGGUGAAACUUACUUAGGCCAAGUUACUUACUUACUUACCAUCGAUAUAUGAGAAGUUUUAUUAGUUUCAAUUUAUAUAAUAUAGAAUCUGGAAGCAUAAACUACAAAUUCAAAAUAAACCACUGGCAUGGCUGCCCUACUAAAAAAACGGGCGCUGGCCGAAUACAGUCAAACUAUCACCCAAGAAACAACACAAGUACCAACAAAAAAGUUAAAACUUGUAAAAAAACCUUUAGUAGGAAUAUCUGACUCUCUAGCAAAAGCAGUAAAUUUAUUAGAAGAGUGUACAACCAGCAAUGAAGUAGUAAAACUGUUACUAAGCGUCUCUGAUAAACUUGCACUUGAUCCCGCUGAUGUGCCAGAUGUAAUCAAAAAAUUAAGUGAUCAUUUUAAAAUUGAAGCUGAAUCAGCUGCAAGAGUAAAAAUCCUUAUGUUACUUUCCGAUAUUGGCCAAGAACAACCCUCGGAAGCCGCCAAUAUCAUAGAGGAAACAAUCAUUUUGAUAAAAAACGAUCAUUCCCACAAAGUCAUUUGUCAGGGCAUGAAAACCAUUUUAAAAUUAGGAAAACUUGUUACUGAACAGAGUUUUCAUCAGAAACUAGUUGAAAUAGCAAAGAAUUAUUUAAAGGAUGCUAAUCAUUCAGUGAAAUGUCGCUGCCUAGAAAUAAUAGGUACCCACACUCCUUUAUGUACCGGAGAAGAAGCUGACAAGCUCCUUCAUCUAAUUAGCUCAUAUUUUAAUAACGAUGAUGCCAGAGUGCGAAGUCAAGCCUUUCAAACUGUGAUAAUUUUAUACAAUAGGGGUUUUAAAAUAAACCCGAAUAUUUAUGUUUAUGUCUCAGAUGCUUUGAAGGAUGACUAUGAAAUUGUGAGAAGUGUUGCUCUCAGGUUAAUAUGGAUUUUGGGUAACACAUAUCCAGAAAAUGAAAUUAUAGUGGAAAGCAGUAUUCAUGAAAUUAGACUUAUUGAUGAUGCGUUUGGUAAAGUGUGUAAUGGAGUAACAGAUUUGUCAAUGCAAGUUCGCACUUUAGCGGCCGAACUUUUGGGCUCUAUGAAACUUGUUAGUCCUAAGUUCCUAAACCAAACUCUGGACAAGAAACUUAUGUCUAACAUGAGAAGAAAGAGGACAGCUCAUGAAUUAGCAUUGGAAAACGUAACUAGCGGAGAAUGGGCGAGCGGUAAAAAAUGGGCGGACGACGCCCCAAAGGAACUCUUAGAUGCGGACAACAUCAGUUUAAUGAGCAGUGGGGCUUGCGGUGCCUUUGUACAUGGACUUGAAGAUGAAUUCUUAGAAGUGAGAUCUGCAGCUGUGGAAUCCAUAUGUAAGCUCUCAAUACUCAACGCGCCAUUUGCCAAAAUGGCUCUUGAUUUUUUGGUGGACAUGUUCAACGAUGAAAUUGAAGAUGUCAGAUUGAAGGCCAUUGAUAGUUUACGGAUGAUUUCUGAACAUAUCGUUCUGAGGGACGAUCAGCUGGAAACUUUGUUGGGGGCUUUGGAAGAUUUCUCCCAAGAAGUAAGAGAAGGCUUGCAUCGCAUGUUGGCUUCUUGUCGGAUGUCCACCACAGCAGGAUUGAAAAUGUGCGUCGAGAAAUUGCUGGAUAAUUUAAAAAAGUAUCCACAGGACAAGAGAUCUACAUAUAGGUGUUUACAGAGUGUCGGAGCUCGACACCCGGAACUAGUGGUACCCCUGGUACCGCAUUUUCUAAAUAUACACCCAUUUUUCGAUAUGGCCGAACCGGAUGUUGAAAAUCCACAUUACAUUUGUUUGCUAAUUCUCAUACUGAACGCGGCGAAAUAUUCGCUCACUAUAGUGCCGAUCUUAGAGCCUCACACUCUGCGGCAUUACGCAUAUUUGAGGGAUACGAUGCCCCAAUUCGUUCCCUCUUUGACUUUGGGCGAUUCCAGUCCAGUUUCCAGACCAAGUCCACCUUCGACCUCCCAUAGUUUGGCCUUUUUGGAUACCGUCAUUUCUAAUUUGGAUAUGACCGAGAACGUUACUAAAAUUCGCGUAGCGCUACUUCAGAAGGCAAAAGAACAAUUGAACCGUUUAAGCGAUAUGGAUUCAACCGUUUCUGGCACAGCACAGUUUACUGCACUGUAUAUUGGGGCCCAGUUGCAAAUAUUACAAAUUUUAGAUAGAGGAUCUUGGGCAAAUCCAACCUCAUUGGCCACCCAACAACAAAACACUUUAAAAACAAACAUACAGAUUUUGCUUGAGCACUGUCUCAAGCUGCAAUUUUUCUUUGUGGGACUAAAUGCGGAGGAACAAUGUGCCGUUAAACAAUUUAGACUUAGAGCGUUGGCCCUGAAUUUGGUUUAUAUUGUCAAAGGAAGUAAUGCCUCGGCUCUAGCGCCUUGCUUCCAUUUCCUAACCGCUGUCGAAGAAAUGCAAAAGGACCUCACGCACAACGGUAUCCAACCGGACAGUUUCACUUCGAUGGUGUUUCGCGAUUUGGCCCAAUUGGAAGAGCCGAAACCUGGUGCCGUGGCCAGAAUUUUAACGCCAAUCUUACUGGAAUCGAAGAUUGAAAGCAUACCUAAGCCCAACAUUAACAUUCGGAUGAGUUCAGCUACGAUAAUCGAGCCGUCAGGACAAACGGACACAUCGUUAAAAUUCACGGCAGGAUUAAUCAUGUCGGUGCCGAUCGAGGCCGAACUAAAGCACCUCAUAGACCCCAGUAGGGUCAGACUGAAAAUUAAAUAUCCGGACCAGAAGACCCAAGUGGUACUGCCGAGACCCCAACAUUUGAAACCGUUACAUUACGAUCCAAACAAUAAAGAGGCUCACAUAGGGCACAACAUACGAUUACUGAGUUCCCUAUUAGUUUCGCAUCAAGUGUGGUCGGAGGCGUGCAACGUGGAAAUCAACGUGGUGCUCUGCGUACCGGAGGCGGACAUCGGCAAGAGGAAAUCCAGUUCGGAGUCGAAUCCCGCUUUAUUAGAUCUCUGUCCGCCGGUUAAAAUUAGCAUCGCCCCGAAACCCAUUAAGAAAACUUUGUAAAGUUCCAAAUAAAAUGAAUGUUGGAAAGUUU